AUGAAAAAGAAGAGAAAGAAAACUUAUAUGGAAAAUAAAUCGGAAUGGUUGCUAAGGAAACGACAAGGUUUCCGACUUUUGAAUCCGGUUAACUAUCAAUUGCCUACAUGCUCUCAUGGUGUUCUAAGACCAUGUUUACUAUUUGAACGGAAAGGUAAAACAGGAGAAACAAAAGAAAAGUUCUUUGCUUGUGCUGUUUAUCGAUCUCAAAAACAUUGUCCAUUUCGACUGAAUAUAAGUUGCAAAAUUAUUUCCAAUAAUGUACUCAGCAAUUUCGGCAGUUUGAAUGUUGCCAUGACAUCGUUCUGUUAUGCUGUUAUACGAGAAAAAGUGAAUUUACUGAGAGCAAAGAAUGAAAAGGUUUACUAUUGCGCAACUUGCAAUGAUGUAUUCUCAUUGCCACAUACUCAUCCGAUUAUAGGACCACUUGGAAUCUCUUCUUUAAGAAAACCUUCACAACUAUUUUCUGCACAUGUGAAGAAUGAUUCUGAAAGUCAAUAUUGGUUUACGGAUGAGUCAUUGACAGUAAUAGUAAAUGCCCUUGAAAAGUCUGGCUGUGAUGGAGUGUUAUGCAUCGGAACACCAACAGUAUUCGAGCAUUUUCAAAGUUGUAAAUUACUUCGACAAAAAAUAAAAACAUUUUUGUUGGAUAUCGAUGCUCGAUUUGUACCAUUUUUUCGUUCCAGUCAUUUCGCAGUAUACAGUAUGCUGACAAAUCAUUUUUACGACCCAAUAAGCAUCACAAAACUUAUUUUAUUUUUUGGAUCAGUUCAUCGUUUGGUGAUAGUAUGUGAUCCUCCUUUCGGUGUUUUCAUAGAAGCCUUGACAAAUUCAAUAGAGAAACUUCGAGAGCAGUUCUUCACUUCCACCACUGGCAAAUUGAAUAAUAGUUGGUGCAAAAAUAUUAUUGUUCUUCCAAUUUUCACUGGAAGGCGUUUUCUAAAUUGCAACGAUUUCCAAAUGUUGGAUUACAGAGUAUGUUAUAAAAAUCACUCGAAAUAUAAGCGGCCAGAAAAGUCUAUCGUUCGUAUAUUUACCGAUCUUCCACUAAAUGAAUUCGACUUGUCAAAAGAUCCUAGUUAUAGGUUUUGUGAUAAAUGUGUAAAGUUUGUUAUAAAAACUACUCUUCAUUGCAAUUUUUGCGAAACUUGUUCUUCCGAUGCUAACAUUUGCGAACACUGUGAUAAAUGUGGUCAGUGUGUCAAAAGCACGUAUAAGCACUGUUCAUUGUGCAAUCGUUGUCAUCUGCCACAAAGAUGUUCAAAAAUUCACUGUGAUGAUCGUCGAAAUUCUCGAAUGUUCCUGAAGACAGCACUACGCAAAUUAGAAAAAGCAAAAGAAAAGUGA